AUGUCUACGGAAUCUAAUCAAAAGUUAUUAAGAGAUUCAUAUUCAAAAAGGUCUGCUAUUAAAGGCCAAAUUACAAAAUUUAAAAAUUAUUUGGACAGAAUUAGCGAGUCCACUUUAAUGGAUGAAGUAUUAAUGGCUGAAUUUAAAUUGAAACUUAGCAAAUUCGAAGCAUUGUCAACAAAGUUUGAUGUGUUGCAGACUGAGAUUGAGGUUCUUAAUUCUGAAAAUAUAGAUUCUGAGAUUGAUGAAAGAGACGACAUUGAGAACGAUUUCGUCCAAAAUAGGCUGUCGUAUGUUAAUAAAUAUAAAUUAUGUCGAAAUUGCCUCAGACAAGGGCAUCCUGUCAGUGACUGCCGCAUGGGUUCAUGUCGACAAUGCCAGCAAAAACACAACACUCUCCUCCAUAGUUCUAAUGUUGACGUCACUGCCAACUUAAGCACAGAUGAGCAAGUUGAACCAAACGAAUCUGUAGCAGCCUUUUCUAGACAAAUGUCCAAGCAUGUUCUCCUAUCUACAGCAUUGAUAGAAGUUUUUAAUCCUAUUAAUAAGCAGGUAGAAAAGGUUCGCGCUCUCUUGGAUUGUGGCAGUCAGUCUUCAUUUAUCACUAAAUCCCUGCAACGAAGAAUGUCACUAAGAACUUGCCCAUUGCAGGCAAUAAAUGUCAUUGGGAUUGGCAAUAAUUCUUCUAAUACAGUGUACGAAAGCUGUCUCACUCAAAUAAAAUCUCUAAAUAGCAACUACAGCGUUACUCUUUCAUGUCUUGUUCUCAACGAAUUGACGAGCCGCUUACCUAAGACCCCAGUUGAUAUUCAAGCUCUCAAAAUACCUAAUUCUAUUACUUUGGCGGACCCUGAGUUCUACAAGCCAGCUCCGAUUGAAGUUUUAAUUGGAGCAGAUAUCUUCUGGGACAUUCUAAACAGCGAACAGCUUUCUUUAGGUCCUAAUAAUCAUAAAUUGCAAAAUUCUAAAUUCGGCUGGAUAAUAGCUGGCCCAAUCAACAAUUAUUUUAGUAAAGAAACUAUUCAUUGCAAUCAUGCCAGAAUUGCAAACCCCACUUCUGACGAAAUUCACAAAAUGCUCACAAAAUUCUGGGAGCUUGAAGAGCUACCCCAAAAAACUAUUCGAAGUCAAAAUGACAUUGCAUGCGAAAAACACUUUCUAAAUACCACCACUCGCUUAGAAAGUGGCAGAUUCUGUGUGAAGUUACCCCUAAAGGACUCACCUGACUGCCUCGGCGAUUCAUACUCUCAAGCUAAAAAACGAUUCCUAAAUCUUGAGAAAAGAUUUAGACGAAAUAAAGAACUAAAAUCGAGAUACGUUGAAUUCAUUCGUGAAUACGCUGAUAUGGGCCAUCUAUCUGAAUCACCUACUCCUAUUCCAAAUCCAUCAUAUUUUUUGUGUCACCAUGCUGUCAUAAAGGAGAAUAGUGAAUCUACCAAACUCCGAGUAGUGUUCGAUGGCUCAGCCCCCACAACCUCUGGCUUCUCUGUCAAUGACAUCCUCAUGGUGAUAUCGCCAAAAUAUAUCGUCAGAUUCAAAUUGAAAGUUCAAAUCAAAAUUUGCAGCUCAUAUUAUGGAGAGAAGAUGAGUCUCAGCCUAUCAAAACUCUGCGACUGA